UGAAAAGAUUUUUGAAUCGAAGAUGAGUAAUGAGGAGGAAGAGAAGGAAAAGAAAAUUUGUUCAGUGGUAGUUGAAAAAGUAGGAGGCAGAUCAUCAGUUAUAACCUGCUUAUCUAGAUAUCCUCUCAAGUUUAUCAUACCUAAAAAGGUGGGUCCUUCCAAAAUUGAUGCAGUUUGGGUUUAUGUUCUCAAUUAUGGAGGUGGAAUUGUAUCUGGUGAUCAAAUUUCAUGCAAGUUUUCUGUUGGAGAUGCUUGCACCAUGGUCUUAACUACGCAAGGUUCUACCAAGGUCUAUAAAUCUGUGGGAUCCAAGUGUUCUCAACAAAUACUAGAGGCUAGAGUAGGAAGCAAUGCGCUUUUAGCCAUCAUUCCAGAUCCUGUGACAUGUUUUUCCACUGCAAGAUAUUAUCAGAAACAAAUCUUCACUGUGUCUUCAGAUUCAAAUUUAGUCAUUGUUGAUUGGAUUACUAGUGGGCGCCAUGAAAGUGGAGAAAAAUGGGAUUUUGAUUUAUAUAGAAGCACAAACAAUAUAUUCUUCGAUGACGGUCAACCUUUGUUUCUGGAUACGAUGUUACUAGAGAAAGACAAAUUUGGCCGUGUAAAGGAACACAUGCAGGACUACCAAGUAAUUGCAAUGAUUGUACUCCUAGGGCCAAAGAUGCAGUAUAUCCAGAAUAUAGUGCAAGAUAACGUGAAAAGAAUUAUGUCUGAGCAAUUACAUAAUCCUUCUGCUGCAUUGAGUCACCAAAAAAAGAAGGCUGACUUUUUCACGACAAAACCAACCUUCGUGGCUUCUUGCAGUGUCUUUGGUCCUAAGAAAAUUGGUCUUGUUGUCCGAGUGGCUUCUGUGACAACUGAAUCUGUUUACAAAUUUCUUCGACAUCAAUUGGCUCCCUUGGAGCAAAUGAUAGGGGUACCACCAUACAGAUAGACUGAAGUAUUCUCCGAGGGAACAUAAGGAUUUUUAUUUCAGACCUAUAUUUGUAUAAUAAUUUUACAUUCCUUUUGUUCAUUGUAUAUUAUAUAUUCUUGGUAAUAAAUCUCCCUUCAAUUUAAAA